UUUUCUCUUUCUCCAAACUUGCUCAACUAAUUUCAUUCAAUGCUUCAAUUUAAAGUCCACCUCUUUUCUCUGCACAAAUUAGUUGGGAAGAAAGCUUUUCUAUAGUGGUAUUUCACUUAUUGUCCUUUUGCUAUGCAUUUAUUGUAUCAAAAAAAAAUUAGAUGGUGAAAUUCAAGAAACAGUCUGUCACUUAGUUAUUACUACUCAAUUCUACUUCAACUACUAUAAUUAAUUCUCUUUUCCUAUAAAUUCUCUUCAUUUUAUAUCUUUUUUCUACUACUCCAUACAAUUUUUUUUUUUAUAAUAAUCAUAUGGAUAUUGCUAUAGCUUUGUUCUUGUUUAGUUUCAUAACAUGUUAUCUGCUAUGGUUCACUUUCAUAUCAAGAUCUUUAAAGGGUCCACGUGUCUGGCCCUUAUUGGGCAGUUUACCGGGUUUGAUCGAAAACUCGGAACGUAUGCAUGACUGGAUAGUAGACAAUCUCCGCGCGUGUGGUGGCACGUACCAGACAUGCAUAUGUGCAAUACCCUUUUUGGCUAGGAAACAAGGGCUCGUGACGGUCACGUGCGACCCAAAGAAUUUGGAGCAUAUAUUGAAGACCCGAUUUGAGAAUUACCCGAAAGGUCCGACUUGGCAAGCUGUUUUUCAUGAGCUGCUUGGACAAGGGAUUUUUAAUUCUGAUGGUGACACGUGGCUUUUUCAAAGGAAGACGGCUGCGCUCGAGUUUACUACGCGAACGUUACGCCAAGCUAUGGCCCGAUGGGUUAAUCGGGCCAUACAGCUUAGGUUUUGUCCGAUUCUUAAAACGGCUCAGGUUGAAGGGAAGCCGGUUGAUUUGCAAGAUCUAUUGCUUCGGCUUACUUUUGAUAAUAUUUGCGGCUUGGCUUUUGGUAAGGACCCGCAGACGUUGGCUCCCGGCUUACCCGAUAAUACGUUUUCAUCGGCUUUUGAUCGAGCCACGGAGGCGUCGCUGCAGCGGUUUAUACUGCCAGAAGUUGUGUGGAAGCUGAAGAAAUGGCUUGGGCUUGGAAUGGAAGUCAGCUUGAGCCGAAGCCUUGUACAGCUGGACAAAUACAUGUCUGACAUCAUCAAUACACGUAAGCUUGAGUUGAUGAGUCAGCAAAAAGAUGGAAAUCCACAUGAUGACUUGUUAUCAAGGUUUAUGAAGAAAAAAGAAUCAUACACGGACAAGUUCUUGCAACACGUGGCACUUAAUUUCAUCCUAGCUGGACGUGACACGUCAUCGGUCGCGUUGAGUUGGUUUUUCUGGUUGGUCAUUCAAAAUCCAGUAGUUGAACAAAAAAUCUUACAAGAAAUAUCCACGGUCUUGGUUGAGACACGUGGCAGUGACACGUCAUCAUGGCUCGAGGAGCCGUUAGCGUUCGAGGAGGUUGAUCGGCUAACCUACUUGAAAGCUGCAUUGUCGGAAACUCUCCGGCUCUAUCCGUCGGUGCCGGAGGACUCGAAGCACGUGGUGGUCGAUGACGUGUUGCCGGACGGGACAUUUGUACCGGCUGGUUCGUCAGUAACAUAUUCAAUAUAUUCAGCCGGAAGAAUGAAGAGUACAUGGGGAGAAGAUUGUUUAGAAUUCAAACCCGAAAGAUGGUUAACCCUAGACGGUAAAAAGUUUGUUAUGCAUGAACAAUAUAAGUUUGUGGCAUUUAAUGCUGGUCCAAGGAUAUGUCUUGGGAAAGACUUGGCAUACUUGCAAAUGAAGUCGGUGGCGGCAGCAGUAUUGCUCCGCCACCGACUCACAGUGGCUCCAGGCCAUAAGGUGGAGCAAAAAAUGUCGUUGACGCUUUUUAUGAAAGACGGACUUAAAGUAGAUCUUCAUCCAAGAGACCUCACACCAUUCGUGAAUAGUGUAAAAGAGGUGCAAUUAAUCCAAAUAUUGAAUGGGGACAAAGAUGAAUGUUCAUAAUUAUGGAGAGAGAGGGAGUGGGGGUAGUUGAGGUGGAUUAAAGAAUGGUGUUGGAAAAUAUUGAUUGUAAGCUAAGUAUAGUUGAAUUGGUUGAGGUUAUUAUGGUGGUUGAAUUCUCACAUGAAUGCUCUUGGUAUUCAUGAUAUUAAGGUACAUCAUCACAUUCAUUGUGGGAGAAACUUUUUUUUGUUUUUAAUUUAUUUGUGGGUGUUAGUGGAACAGCUGGAAAUGAUUUUGAGGUUGAAGAGGAGGGACAUUUCUCAAUAAUUUUUUAUUUUAUUUUUACUAGUAAUAAGUUGUACAAGUACUAGCUAGAACUUUCUUUUUUUGCUUUAUAAUUAAUUAUUCUAGUAUCCUAAAAGCUGACCCCCUUUAUUUGUUCAUUUUACUUUGGUUGGUUGUUUACCUUCAAUUCUUUGUAUUUUCUACUUUUUUUUCACUCUUUUUUGGUAUGUGAAUUCUUUUGUAUCUUGUUAAGAUUUUUGAAUUAUGGUGUUUCUUU